AUGAAAACAGCAGUCGCCACUGGGACCCACUGCCACUUGCAGUUGUUCCCGUAUUGCGGCAUCUGCACAGAUGUCAUUUUCAACCUUGAGCCGACGAUAGCACUCCAGGGAAACAGAGAUUCGACGGCGUACGAUAAGCAUAUUGGACCCUUCCCCUUCCCACCCGCACAUGGGCAGCUGAUCGAUGAAUAUGCUAUCGUUCGAUAUUACCACUGCCCCUUCUGCCUUCGCGGGCCCGAAUUUACGGCUGUGCACCAGGAUUGUUUUACUUUUUUCCAACAGCUGUACCCAGCCGAGGACGCGUUGCAUCGUCUUUGGACCCGAACUGCGUGGCGGAAUCCGUGGCGCAAUGCCGAACCUUUUCCCUUCCGCCGGUUGACGGUGUAUCGGCCGGCUCUAGCGCGCGUUGCACCCCUUUGGGAUCUCACUCCUCUGAAUGUCCUGCCCCAGGAAUUGAUUGAGAUAAUCUGCGAUUAUUCGGAACAUUCAUGGCUGUGGAGAACGAUGGCGGUUUAUCGGUUCGUGCACGGCUUAAUAUCGAGUGCCACGCCAGAGCCGCUUACUAUAUUACCGUUGUCUAAAGUCGAGUCGUGGGACCGUGACGGAGCGGUCCCCCUCAAGCAGUUCGAGAGGGGUCAACCUGCAUCGCCGUUUCUCGUGUUAAGGUUGACGGUGGACCACGAUGGGAUCAAGAGGAUUGAACGGCUGGCGGAACGGCCCCAGUAUUCGCCCCAGUCUGACAACUACAAGGCCUUCAUCAUCAUCGAGGAAAAAUCUCUCGCCGGUGUGACUGUCCAGCUCCAGGACCGCCGCCUCCGCCUCAUGUGCUCCAACCCCAUGCCUUUCCACCUCUGGAACACGCCCACACCCCCGAGCCUGGGUCUGUGUCGUCUCCGGCCGGGCAAGCUCCGCGCCUCCCAAAACCUCCACGCCGUCGAGAUGGACAAGAUCGACGGUAUCACUUUUUUCUUCAUGCGCUUCAAUGCCCAAUACGGCCUCCACAUCCACCGCGCCGGUCAGCGCUCCGCGGCCAAAUCCAUCGCCUGGACCUUCCCGCAAGACGAUAUCGACCGGGGCCGGGUCCUGUGGGUGUACUUCCCACUCCCCAAGCACGACCGCGUCUUACACUUCGGCAUCCGUGAGGGUACCACCUACCGAACCCGCAAAAUCCUCAUCCGUACGAAACUCUCCGGCGACGUCGUAAUCGGCGCACCGUGGGAAACGCCCAACCGCAACAUCUGGUUUUCCACCUCUUCCUCUUCCCCACCCUCUCCCAUCACCCUAAUCUACGGUACCCCCAAGGCGUACAAGGUCCCCCUCCCCGUCCUCGGGGCCGUCGCUACCGCGGAAACGCCCCGGGACAAAUACACCACCCCGGACUACUUGGAAAACCUCCCCUCCGAGGACGGAUUCGUUCCCGAAUCCCCUCCCCCGGAGACCGAUCAGCCGGACGUCCCGGAGCUGCCGAUGAGCCCGCCGUUUCGGGUCUGCGACGGCCAGCUGUGCCCGAUCGAAAACAUGGCGCUGUUUUCGUGGGCCCCGUUGCACGGUGUCAAGUCGGCUGUUGUGUUUUACCAUGAUUAUCCUGUCAAUGUCAAUCCCGUUGGACUAGCCAACCAAGCUGACCCGGCCAAUACCGACCACGUUCAUCACAACGAUGGUUCCCAGGGCAGACCAUGCCGAGGUAUCCUACUGCAUUACCACAACGGUGGGGCGCGUGCGCUCGGUCAGUGUCGCGUGCAGGUGGAUGAGAGUAAGGAAGUGCUGAACCCUACGCGGGUAGCGUUUCGGGUUUCGCGAUUCGGGGCGCCGCAACUCGAUAAUUUCAUUGUGUGGGUUCGGUUUACGAAGGGCAGCGAGGGCUGGGAGUUGCAUGCUAUGGAGGGGGUGAUGAAGUUUUGGUAUAAUCACAUCGGGGGUUAUAUCAAAGUGGAUGAUGUACUUGACGAGUCAUAA